CGGGAGCGCGCGGGCGCGCGAGAGAGGGGGAGAGCGAGAGCGAGAGGACGAGCGCGCGCAGAGCGGCCGUUGCUUUGAUCUCGAGGGUUUCUUCUUUUUUUUAAUAAGAAGAAGCUCGUUUUGCACCGUCGGGGAAGGGGGCGUCGGUGCAAGGGAAGGAGUCUGGCGGCCGUCAUCAGCCAGGGGGGUGUGUGCAUGCGAGCGACGGAGCGAUGGGUCUCCUCAAGCUGACGGAGCAGCCUCCAUUGGUCUAUGCAAUAUUUAGUGGUGAUUCUGAAGAAGUACGGGUGUUAAUUUAUAAAACGGAAGAUGUCAAUGCUUUGGAUUCGGAGAAACGGACACCGCUGCAUGCGGCUGCCUAUCUGGGUGAUGCUGAAAUUAUCGAGCUCCUCAUCCUGUCAGGAGCUCGUGUUAAUGCUAAGGAUAACAUGUGGUUAACUCCAUUGCAUCGUGCCAUUGCUUCACGCAAAGAUGAAGCAGUUCGCGUUUUGAUCAAGCACUCUGCUGACGUCAAUGCCCGUGACAAAAAUUGGCAGACACCCUUGCAUGUGGCUGCUGCCAAAAAGGCAAUUAAGUGUGCAGAAGCAAUCAUUCCAUUGCUUAGUAGUGUCAAUGUAUCUGAUAGAGGAGGCAGGACAGCCUUGCAUCAUGCUGCACUCAAUGGACACAUAGAGAUGGUAAAUCUCCUGUUAGCAAAAGGAGCCAAUAUUAAUGCUUUUGAUAAGAAGGACAGACGGGCCUUGCAUUGGGCAGCUUUUGAGGGUCAUGUUGAAGUAGUUUCUUUGCUGUUGAGUCAUGGAGCUGAAGUUACGUGCAAGGAUAAGAGAGGCUACACUCCACUGCAUGCAGCUGCAUCCAAUGGAAAGAUUAAUGUGGUGAAACUACUGAUCAAUCUUGCGGUGGAGAUUGAUGAACCAAAUGCAUACGGCAAUACGGCACUCCAUAUUGCAUGUUACAAUGGACAAGACAUGGUUGUCAAUGAGCUUAUUGAUUAUGGUGCUAAUGUGAACCAGCCCAACAACAAGGGAUUUACUCCUCUGCACUUUGCUGCUGCUUCAACCCAUGGUGCUUUAUGUCUUGAACUAUUAGUAAAUAAUGGAGUGGACGUUAAUUUCCAGAGUAAAGAUGGCAAGAAUCCUCUGCACAUGACUGCUAUCCAUGGCCGAUUUACACGAUCACAAACGCUCAUUCAAAAUGGUAGUGAAAUAGACUGUGUUGAUAAAGAUGGCAAUACACCAUUGCAUGUGGCAGCCAGAUACGGACAUGAACUUCUUAUUAAUACCUUGAUAACCAGUGGAGCCGAAAUGACUAAACGUGGCAUCCAUGGUAUGUUUCCUUUGCAUUUGGCUGCGUUGAAUGCACAUGCAGACUGCUGCAGGAAGUUAUUGUCAUCAGGACAAAAAUAUAGCAUAGUGUCAUCAUUUAGUAAUGAGCACAUGCUGUCUGCAGGCUUUGAAGUAGACACCCCUGAUAAUUUUGGAAGGACUUGUCUUCAUGCUGCUGCUGCAGGAGGCAAUGUUGAUUGUAUAAAACUGUUACUGAGUAGUGGAGCGGAUUUCAACAGCAAGGACAAAUGUGGGAGGACUCCACUGCACUAUGCAGCAGCGAACUGUAAUCACCAGUCUAUCAUGACGUUAGUAUCCAAGGGCGCUAAUAUUAAUGAAACAGAUGAACGAGGUUGCACUGCUUUGCACUAUGCAGCAGCAUCUGAUAAGGACAGGAAAAAAAGAAAUAUCUUGGAAAACUCGGAUGAAAGUGCUGAAGAACUUGAUGACAUCAAUGAGACAAAAGAGAAAGAGGCCUCAUUCUGUUUACAGUAUUUGCUUCACAAUGAUGCCAAUCCAACAAUUCGAGACAAGCAGGGUUAUAAUGCCGUACAUUAUGCUGCUGCAUAUGGGCAUAAGCAAUGCCUGGAGCUGCUGAUGGAAGCCACUGGGCACAAUUUUGAUGAUUCUGAUUCAACAGCUCCAAAGAGUCCUUUACAUUUGGCUGCAUAUAAUGGUCAUCACCAGGCACUUGAAGUGCUUAUUCAUUCCGUUGAGGAUCUUGAUGUGAAAGACAUGAAUGGACGUACAGCUUUAGAUUUAUCAUCCUUUAGAGGUCACAGUGAAUGUGUUGAAGCCCUCAUUAACCAGGGUGCUUCCAUCCUAGUAAAAGAUGGUGUGGCUAAAAGAACCCCACUUCAUGCAGCAGUAUCUAAUGGUCACACAACAUGUCUACGCAUGUUAAUUGAGGGUGUAGAAGGCUUGGAUGCAGUUGAUGUGACAGAUGGCAAAGGACAAACACCCAUGAUGCUUGCAGUUGCUAAUGGACACAUUGAUGCCAUGAUUCUGUUACUUGAAAAAGGUGCAAAUAUAAAUGCAGCGGAUAAACAAGGAUGCACAGCCUUGCAUCGUGGGGUUGUUACUGGCCAUGAGGAAUGUGUAGAAACACUGUUGGAACAUGAUGCCACUAUCCUAUGUCGUGAUUCCAAAGGAAGGACGCCAUUACAUUUUGCAGCUGCUUGUGGUCAUGCAACUUUGUGCAACUUAUUGCAUGCAGCACUUUCUAUAAGUACUCUAUCAAAGUUAACAGAUAAUCAUGGUUAUACACCGUUGCACUGGGCUUGUUACAAUGGUCAUGAAAGUUGUUUGGAGGUUCUACUGGAACAAAAAGAACUUAGAAAAUUUUCUGGUACUCCAUUUACUCCUUUGCACUGUGCAAUAAUAAAUGACCAUGAAAAUUGUGCAGAAAUGUUAAUAGAAGCUUUAGGUACCACUGUUGUCGAUUCCAGAGAUGCCAAAGGAAGAACACCACUUCAUGCAGCUGCUUUUACAGACCAUGUGGAGUGUUUGCAAUUGCUGUUAAGUCAUAAUGCACAAGUGAAUCCUGUUGAUAAUUCAGGCAAAACUCCAUUAAUGAUGGCAGCUGAAAAUGGACAAUGUGGAGCUGUGGAGAUCUUGGUAAACAGUGCAAAGGCUGAUUUAACUAUAAAAGACAACAACAAGAAUACAGCUCUUCACUUGGCAUGUAGCAAAGGUCAUGAAAAAUGUGCCUUGUUCAUCCUUGAGAAAAUAGAUGGUGCAAGCCUUAUUAAUGCAACAAAUAAUGCACUGCAAACACCGCUUCACAUAGCUGCAAGGAAUGGGCUUAAAAAGGUGGUGCAUGAUUUACUAAGCAAAGGAGCAAGUGUUCUUGCUGUGGAUGAAAAUGGUCAUACCCCAGCCCUGGCUUGUGCUCCUAACAAAGAUGUGGCUGACUGUCUGGCACUCAUUUUGGCUACCAUGAUGCCUUUUUCUCCUCCCAGCACAAUGACGUCCUUCAGCAUCAGUCUAAUAAAAAAUGACAGUUUGAAUACACCUCUAUCCUAUGAUUCCCCUAAUACGGGUAGCAACAUUAAUUCUUUUAACAAGGAGUUGUAUAACAAUGUGGGAAAAAUGGAUAGGUGUCAGGAAGAUGAUGAUGAAAAUGAUUCAGACUCUGAGACUUUCUGAAUGGUUUUAGAAACCUUAAAUGGGAAAGCCUAAUACUUGGCUUGUUAGUCAGUCGAAGGAUUACAGAUUGAGCAAUCAAUCACCGCAUACUUUUUAAAAAAGCACUUAAUAAAAAGGCACUUUUCUUACAGGUUUUAGGAAGCAGAAUCUUAAAGUAUUGAUUCAUAAAGUGGAUUAUUGAAUAGGGCAAGUGAUUUGCUAUUGCUCAAAUCUGCCAGAUAUUUGGCAUUUCCUCUGGGACAUUUUAUGCAAAGUAGUCAUUCUUGUGCACCAAAUUGUGCUGCAUGCAGUAACUGUAGAAAUUCAUGGGGAUCUGUCACAGGAUGCCAUGUGGUUCAUUCCCAGAUCACUUGCCCUAUGAAUAGGAUUUAAAAGAUUUUCCAAAUCAGCACAAACAUGCAUUUGCACUUCAGUAAAAACUUGCGGUUAUAGAGUUAUUAGGGACUAACUAUACACCUGAGCCGUUAACUAUUGAUAAAUAAUGAAUGAACUUUUCCAGACUGCAGUGUAAAGUAUUCAUAAAUUCCAACAGGACUUGAUGACAUCUUUUUACUUUAAAUAUACCAGCAAGUUUAGACUAGUGUUCAAAUAGCAGAUUGUGGUAUUUUGUACAUUUUUAUAUAGCCUCAAAGGCAGCCUUUAAAGAAUGCACAGCAAUUUUGUUGAAAUCUACCCACCUGUAGGAUGAAGAGAGAGUAACUGCCAUAAAGAACAGUUGUGAUAACGUCUGCUUCAUCUGCCAAAGCUUAUGUGUUAAAUGGAGCCAUUCUCUCACCUGUGACAGGACCAGAGCAGGUUAAAUGACAAUUUUUUUUUAAUGUCUGGCGAGCUAUGCCAAAUGGACCAAAUCUGCCACUGAUUGUGACUGUUGCUGUCUUUAUUCUCUAAGAUUACAGCCUUUUUUUACUCAUCUACUUCAACAGCUACUUUGAAGUAGCCUAUUUCAGUAAAAAUGCAGUAUUUAAAUGCAAAUAAAAUGUAUUUCAUCGAAGUUAAUUCACAAAUUGUUAGAUUAGAAAUCAGCAAGGUAAAAUUUCAGAAUUUUUUCCAAAUAUUCACAUGGGAUCUAUUAUUACUCUGUGCAGUGACUGUGCAAUCAAUGCAACCUCACUAUUGUAACUAAAAGCACUGAAAAGAUUUCAAGAAACCUUAAUAUCUUGUAAUGGUCAUUCUGUUAUAACUGUUACAAGCAGUUAAGUUCCAGAAUAGAGACCUCUGAUAUGAAAUUGCUUUUAAGUAAUCAAUAUCAUAUCAUAUUAAAGCACUGAAAUUGAAGGAAAAAGGCCAAAAGCAAUGGUUGUAUGUAAAGAAAAAGCUGUUUGUUAAUCAAUUUUAUUAGAAGUUUAAAGCUGCAAUGUUUAAAGCUGCAAUAUAAUUUUCAAACUAUGGUUGCUUUCUUCCCCCAGUUAAAUGAAAUUGGCUGGUCUUUAUACUGUUCUAUUUUUUAUUUCUUGUUUGUUUUGAAAGUUGUUUUAUUUAGUAAAUCAUUGGAAUGCAAAAUUAAAACAUUUUAAUUAUGUAAAUUUGAUCAAGUUUUAAUGUACUUUUAAACUUUUUAUAGUUUUUAAUAUAAGCCUAGAAGAAUGGUAAAUUAAAUACUGGAAUUUAGAGAUCCAUAGUAUUGUGAUUGGCAAUCCUUGUAGCAAAUGUUUCAUUUUUUUAUUAAGUUCAAAUACUAUUUUGGUUUUGUUGCAUUAUCAAAUAGUUAGUGCCUUUCUGCCCAUGUGUAUUUUCCAGAUGGUUUCCAAACAUCUUGUAGAAUCUUGCUAAUUGAGUAAUAUCCAAGCAAUAAUGUUAAUUUAGAUUUUAAAAUUAACAAUGAAUGUACAUUUUUUUAAAAGGUCCAACAGCAUCUGAAUGAAGAGUGGUUUGUUCAUAAAACCAUCAUAUGGAUUUUUUUGCAGUGUUGUACAAGUUUUAAAAGUGAAGUCUUGAUUGAAAGACAUAGCUGAUCACAAAUUGAUAUUAUUUGGAAAAGGGCAAUUAUAAUUUAGACAAUCUGACAGUGUGUGUUUUAAAACCAUAGAAAAAAAUUAUUUGUGGAAGCUUAUGCAGUGGUCAACUCCUUAAAAAGCCUAUAUCAUCCAUUUGGUAAUCUUGUCUACUUUUAUGCUUUAGCAUGUGCAAUAUGUCUUGUUACAGUAUAGUAUGGUAUCAUGAUACAGUGACAGUGUUAUGUUUUAUGCAGUGAAUAUGAUACAAUUUAGUGAAAAUGAAAAUACUUGUUGAAACAGUAGUGUAUCAAAUUUUAUGUAUUUGGUCAUAUUUCUAAAGUUAAGUAUGAGGUAAUAAAGCUUAAGACAUUUUUGGCAUCAAGACUGUCAAAAUAAAGAAGGAAAUCCAAAAUGAUCUAAAUCCAGCCUGGACCUUAAGCACACUUUACUAUUUGACUUUUGUGAACUACUGAAUGCUUGUGAUGUAUAGAAAUAUCGAACUGUAAAGUACUUUUUAAAAAAGCAUUCAGAUGCUGUAUAUUUUUAUGAAAAUAAAGGGUACAGA